UAUUGUAAGUUAAGUAUUGAUGAGUGACUCUUGAAUUAUUAUUAUUAUUGUUUCUCAUUAUUUAUUAAAUAAUAUCAACAAAAUCAUGAGUGGCUCUAAUAAAGUGAAUACUUUAAAUAAAAUACAAUUAUCGAUAUUAAAUAGCGGUUUAGUGCCGUUUGAAUACGAGUCACUGGCAAUUAAAUUAGUGCCACAAAAACCAAUGGACUUCAAUAAAUUCAAUGCACACAUACAGCUAAUGAGGAAAUAUGAAGUAUUACCUAAACUCGAGUUUCACUUUGCCUCAAAAAAUGAGACGACAACUAAGCACUCGACCCGACACGCGAUGAAAGAGGAGAACGACUUGAAGAAUACAUUUCCCAAGAAGUGUCUGCCCUAUGAUUUCAAUCGUGUGGUUUUACCACAACUUCCCGAAGAAGUCGAUUCCGAUUAUGUCAAUGCAUCCUAUGUUGAUAGCAUAUUAAAGCCCAAUGCAUACAUUGCCGCACAGGGACCCAAUGAGUUUACUAUAAAUGAUUUUUGGCGUAUGAUUUGGGAACAGAAAUCAAUGGUUAUAGUAAUGUUGACAAAAGUGUUUGACUUUAUACGUGUCAUGUGUUGCCAGUAUUGGCCAAUGGUUGAGAACAAACCCGAAAUGUAUGGACAGGUAGAGGUGACUUUGCUCAGUGAGGAAUCGUUAGCUGAUUUUGUUAUCAGAACUUUUAAGAUCAGGAAUCCCGAAGAGACGUUGGCUAAAAAAUCAUCAAAACUUAGUCUAAAUAAAGAUAAAAGUUUUAAGAGCUUAAGGAGUGUCAAUAAGUCCCGAUCGACACGAUUCUCAUCGCUAAAUACAGUAGAAAACGGAACUAUUAAUACCUUUUACUACAGUGACGCCAAUCUAACAAAAGCCGGGACUUUAAAUACAUUGAAUACAGAGACCUAUUUGUCGGCACGAAAUGAAUUUCCCAAUGAUGCGGACCAUAUGCUCGGCGACAUCGAUGAAGAUGAAGAACUGGUUGACGAUGUCUUUGAAGAUGAGUUCUGUGCAAACGAUAAUGAAGAUGAUGAGGAAGAUUGUCGCAUAAUAUAUCAAUUGCAUUAUCACAGUUGGUCAUCACAUACCUGUCCAUUCCCUAAUUCAUUGCUUCAAUUUCGUCGAAGAGUUCGUAUUUAUAUGAAUGAAGUGCUUUGCGAUGAAAAAUUAAGUGAAAUCGGACCAACAGUUGUCCACUGCAGUGACGGCGGUGGCAGAACCGGUACUUAUUUAUGUAUUGACUCAAACCUCGAGUUGGCCGAAGAGGACGGCUAUUAUGAUGUUUACGGUUACGCAAAACGUAUGAAACACUCGCGUAAAGGACUCAUCGAAAAUGUGGAUCAGUACAAGUUUGUAUACGACGCCCUGGAAGAGGCAUACUUUUGUGGCAAAACAUGGUUUCCAGUCGACGAGUUGUCACAACAAAUGAGAUUCAAAUCCAGCAAAAAUAUAAUGAAUCUAAAUGAGUAUCAUCAAGAAUAUCAGAAAAUUCUUAAGAUGACAGUCAAACCAACUAUUGGUGACUGUGCUGGCGGUCAUCGUAUUGAAAACCGCGACAAGAAUCGCGAUGUAUCUAUAGUUCCCCCUGAUAAUUUCCGGCCAUAUCUGACAUCAUUCCAGAGCACUGACAAUACAGACUAUAUUAAUGCCGUUUUUGUUGAUGGAUAUACUCGAUCUAAAGAAUAUAUAGUUACCGAGUGGCCAAUGAAGAAAACUAUGGCCGAUCUCUGGUCAUUAGUCUACGACCACGACUGCAAUUCAGUUAUUGUUUUAGCUAAUCCUCCUCAGGCUAAUGUAUGCAUUGGAUAACAACAAAAUUAUUAUUAUUUUAUCAAUUUUAUAUCAUAUAAUUAGGUUUAUCCUAAAUUCUGGCCAAACGAAAGAGCUAAGAAAGAAAAGUAUGGACCAGUGUUUACAGUUGAAAUGGUAUCCUAUAAUCACUAUCCAAACAUUAAGACCUGGAUAUUCCGGAUCAAUAAGAAAGUGGUUUCAUUAACUGAAUUGAUGGCCGGAGUUAAGGCCGAACCCAAGACAACACAGUUAUUUCAGAUAACUUGUUGGCCACCAGAGAAUAAGGUACCGAACUCUACUAAUUCGUUGGUAGAGCUGAUGAAUAUGGUUGAGAGGUGGAGACAGCGUACCAAUUAUGGACCGGUUGUUGUCGUGUCGUGUAAUGGUAAAGCUCGUGCGGGUGUCUAUUGUGCGGCUAAUGUAGCCAUGGAACAGGUGGUACAGCAUCGGGAGGUCGACAUAUUCAAUGCCGUACGAACUGUACGCCGACAUAGGCCGGCAUUAAUUGAAAGUGUGACUGAAUACAAAUACUGUUACGAUCUUCUACUUCAUUAUGUAAUUCAUUAUUUAAAUAAAAAUAAAGACUAACUUUUUUUAUUGACAUUUUUAAUCUCGAGUCUCAAAAUUUUUAUUGAUAUAAAUAUAUUUUUAAAAAAUCAUCUUGUAGCUUUUUAAUAUACUGUA